AUGAGUACCACGAAUAUUCUAUUUAAGCGCAGUUUGGCUGGCCAGCAAAUGAGGCAUAAGAAGCUUUACAAUAACCUGACUCAUAUUUUGGGAAGAUGCGAGGACCUUCCCCAGAGGACGCAAAGCGAUGACUCCCUGACCCGCAUACAUUUCAAUCCCACAGAUGCUUCGUCCGCCGAUCCGGUGACCAACUGGGCGGAUUUUAGCCGCCUACCUGCGGGAGCAGCUUGCAGCUGUCGUUCCAUUUCGGGUCGCUCGGUGCCCGCGGGCUGCCAGCAUCGUCCUUUGACCAUCAUCUCGGAAUCAACUCAAACCGCCUCCACCCAGGAAAUGUCCACCCAAACAGGAAUCCAAGUGGAUGCCAAUGAGGAGAUACUGGAUUGCAAGUUCAGUGAAGAUAAAUCCACCCAAUCUGCGCUAAAUAUGCAAGAUGCCGAGACUCAAUCGAUGUUAGAUUCGCCAAAAAAUAUCAACAAUAGUCAAACUCAAACGGAAAUGAUUGUGCUAGAAAAAUCUGAAAAAGCUGUUCUUAAAUCGGAAACACUUGAGAACGAUAAGUCCGAUUAUGAUGAUGUAAAACCCCCAAAAUCGAAUUCUUCAUUGCGAAAAUGUUUCUUUAGGCGCCCUGUAAUCGUGGUAAAUGGGGGAACAUUUAUACCCUCCGAUUUCGCAAAUAAAGUGCAUCAAGAUAGAGCGAAGCACCCACACUCUCCAUUUUUAGUUACUUUGCAAAAAGAGGAUAAGGAGACACAAUAUGAAGGACCUUUCGCAUCAGAAGAAAAUCAUUUGAAUCACAGAACUAAUGGACCUUCAACCUGCAUAAAAAUUCUUGAUAGAGUAGAGGAACUAGAAACAAUGCUAAGGAGACAAGAGCGAUCUCUGAAAGAUCUGCAAGGCUCUGUGAGAUCAUGGAAUGAAAAAGAAUGUAAACCCUCUGAUUGCAGAAUCAUAUUUCAAGCUCAACCGAAGAAUUGCCAAUUGCCAGGAAAACCAGCUACCUUUGAUCAGGCGACUCAGAAGAAAGAUGAAGACGAUUGCCAGUGCAGGAGUUUGUCCAAAGAAUUUAUUCAGAUUUUUAUAAAGCCGGAAUCAGCAAAUCAAACCAAAAAAUCUAAUAAUAAUGGAUGUGGAGCUAGUUCCCCAAAUAAUGCAAAUUCUGGGAAGAGUAUUACAAUGCCCAGUGUCUCAAAGAGUUGUAAGGAUGAUAAAGAGGAAAAUUCUAGGAAAAAUAACAAGAAGCCAAUAGAUACACAGUGCUUAGAAGAUGCGGAUAAUUUUCUGGAGCAAUUCAAUCGUGUUUUUGCCAAAUCCAAAAGUGAAGAAACCAUUUGUGGUGAAACAAAGAAGAUCCAAAGACCCAUUUCUCCUUGUUGUUCGAAAGAAAAUGUAAAGGAAAACACCUUAAAUACAAGAAAGGUUUCUUCCACAUCUUGUUUGGAUACUAAGAAAACCUUAAAACAUUCGGUAUCAAACCAAACCGAGGAAAAGGAAGUCUACAAGUCCUUGAUCGAGCAAUUCGUAAAUCUUUUCGCCAAAUCCAAGACGUGUGAGAAUAAACAAGCACAGAAAGCGGAACCAGAGAGCUACUCCUUUGAUGGAAUAAUGGCGGAAUUAUUAAAAUUAUUUACGAAACCCAAGGGCGUGGAGCCAGGUGCUCUCAAGGAUGAGGAGAGGCCCAAAAAGGUCACCAUAUCGGAAAAGGAAACGGUUUUGGGGGCCGAACAGAAGCCAAACUGCAGUUGCUCGAAAGCCCAACGCAGUGUUAAAUCCAUCUCAACGCAAUCUGAUCUUAAAAUGUCGGAUAUGGAUAUGGAUGCUAGAAAUCGGGUUAGAAGACCCUGUGAAUUGGAUAGGAAUUCCACGAUAAGUGGGCUUUUUGCCUCGAAUGUAUCCAUAAAGGAAUCCCAGCGCAGGGAUCCCUUACCAUGUAGAUGUCAAUUUUGUGGCGAUGGCAGUCAGCCUGUUCUAGAUUCUUUGCUCAGCGAACUAUUCCAAUUGAUUGGUCCCAGAUCUUUUACCGAUGUGGUUCUGACCAUCCUGCGGCAUCAGGAAAAUGUCUAUCAUAUCAACGUUCGUGAAAUGGCGACCGGAAAUGUACUGGGCUGCAUUCUGGGCAACGGAACGGCGAUCAAUGAAGCCAUCGCCCUGGGCCUCUUCGAGGAUAUCCACACAUUCUGUGAGCUGGACAGGCGCAGGGAGCACGAUCCCAGGGACUGUCCACUGGGCCUGGACGCCCUUUGUCCACGAGAGCGUGGCGGUGAGAUGCUGCCGGAUGAAAGUGUCGACAAGGAGAGGGCCAUCGAGUUUUCCAUCCGAGUACUGGGUGUUCCCGCUGGGCAAGCCGGUCGCUUCUUCUCCCUGACCAACGCCCUUAAAUUAGCCAGGAAAUCAAACUAUCACAGCUUUGGUCGUGGUCGUCCUGGGAGAAGAGGACGCAUUGGCCGAGGAGCAGUCACCGGACAAUUGGUUUACUUGGGCAGUGAUGAUCAUUUGCCGGUUAAGGAUUGGAGCGAACCGAGCAGGACAUCUAGCUUAUUCCUUCGUAUAGUUUCUGGUCAGGAUAAUGACGCUCAAGAAGAUGAAUCUAAGGUUGUUGAGUACCAUUCAACUCGCCAUAGCUUGUGA